AUGCCGAAACCUGUGGAGUUGUCUCUUUUUCCUUCCUGCUUUGGGGCUGCCGACUGGUCUCCGGAUGGGGAGCUUGCCGUGGCUGGCAGUGAUCAAGUUCAUAUUCUGACAUGGAAAGCUAAGGCGCAGAACAACACGGCACAAAAUGCAUCCGAGGGCUGGCACAUCACUCGCAUUCUACGGGUCAAUUUCUUCACAUUUACUGAAUGGCCGACUGUCCACCCACAAAACCGGGAUGACUUCUCAGUCGGUGUCGAACAGUCUCCAAGCAAUGUUAUUGGGCUAGCCUGGUCACCACCCGGCUUAGCUAGGUACCGACGGAGCGUCCUGGCCAUCUUAACCUCAAAUUUGAUUCUCUCCUUGUGGGAGCCCGUAGGUGCUAAUGGAGAGUGGGUUCGAGUCUGUAUCAUCAACCAUGCCCUUUAUCCGAACCCCGAAGCUUUACAGAAGCUACAUGGAGCCGGUCUACAGAAAACAAACAUUCGCUCCUUUCAAUGGUGCCCACCUGCUCAGGUAUCCCAAAAUCCUGGGUCAAGGUCAAGGACCCCUGAAGACCGCUGGGGUGUGCAGCUAAUGGCUGCGACAACUGAUUCCAAUGAAGUCGUUUUCCUGCGAAUCUAUCGUCCAACUGGGCUGCAUAAUUCAUCAAAAGCAUACAUAGUGAAUAAGCUUGCUACUCAUUCGAUUUAUGGUGCCGAGAAGCAGUUUCCAAUGGCUUGUUCUGGGUCUCUUCUCCAAAGUGCACUUAAAUCAAAGCUACGCCUCACCUCAAUUUCUUGCGGUCCAUGGCUAACGCUGAAGGAGCCAUCUAAUGGCUCUCUAUUUUCCGCGACUUCGGUGAUUGCUGUUCUUUAUGGCACGGAACUACGGUUUAUCCAAGCGACAGUUGCCUUGGUGGACACAGAUCCUGAUCACGAAGUCACGCCUCAAUACGAAGCAAUAAUCGAUCUGAAACACCAUCCAUUGACUUUAUUGUCUGAAAAGUGGGCUCAUAAUCGAAUAGUAGGGCCACUUAAAUGGGUGCACGCGAGCAAAUAUGAGAAAAUCACACUCUCAAUCGGUAUUGUCGGUGGUUUGCUCACUAUCACAUGUCCCUCCUCCGCCCUCAAUUGCAGUGAACCAGCAGGGGCUGGUAUCGAGAUACAGGAAUGGCCUUGCUCAUCUUUACCAACUGAAGAAGGGGAACUGUUCCCCCGGCACAUGGAGCCAGUAUCAACACAAAAUGUCCAAGACGACCUCUGCACUCUCCAUAUGGGCACCGUCGGUGGCCUAGGAGCAGCUAUCGACCUUGAUAAAUCCGGGAACUUCAAGACCUGGCGUGUUCCACAGUGGAUGGACUUCGUUCAAAGAUAUCGUGAAGAAUAUGAUUUAGAUCGUGACCUGAGAGGCUACAAUCUCGCUCGCAUUUGGGGGCUGGCUACAUAUCAGGGCUUUACUGCUAUUGUUUUCACGAUGCACCCAACUGAUAUGGUUGAAUAUCGCAUGAACUCCGCUGAAGGAGCCUUCGUUGGGUUUAUCGAUGAAGCGACAGGGGAAGUUGCUGAUAUGCACGCCUUUUUCAUGCCACCAGUAGGUGAUGACGGACAAAACUCUACUCGUGUUAAACGAGGCCAAGUCAUCACAUCAGUACUCUCUACCAUCGAUCAGGAGGGUGGGCUUAGCCAAGAAAACUACAAGAUGAUCUACACUGCCGCAUGCUGUGCUGUUACGGAUGAACAAACGGAACAAGUCCGACAUCAAGCACGAGAAUGGCUGGAGCGAUUGGCAGAAAAGACAGGCGCUGAUCUGAGUGAAGAAAUCUCAAAAUGUGCCAAUGGUUCUCCAAUGAUAUCUGCUAAGUCAAAUGAUCACUUGAAUGGACCAGGCAGCUAUUUGUUUGAGCGGUGUGAGGUUUGCGAUGCUGGUCUUAUAUGGGAUUCACCCAGGGAGGUACAGUGUCAGAACGGUCAUCUUUUUGUGCGCUGUGGGCUCAGCUUCCAGGCAAUUCAAGAGCCUGGUGUAUCAAAAUACUGCUCAAUUUGCCAAGCUGAGUACUUCGACGAAGACAUUCUUACUCGUGUUCGAGAUGGCCAUGUUGACCCAGUAUUCAUGCACCUCUUCGACACAUUUGAUACGUGCAUUUACUGCGAUAAGAAAUUCCAGGCUAUCAUCCAGGACCGUUAA